AUGGCUGGUCAGACUGAAGACACGGGUUCUGUCCCCCCCAAAGAGGAGGAGGUUUCUUCUUCCACCAUGACCCAACAAAUAGUCAUAUCAGAAAAGACAAGUGUCAGAACUGAAGAAGAGUUGGGCCACUCUGAGCAAGAGCUCCCAAGUGUUGAAAAUCUGCCCCUUCAAGCUGAGAACAUAGAGAUGGAAGCAGUGGAGCACUUGAUCAAACCCAGACUUUCUGUCGUCCAACCUUCCAAAGCUUUUGACCCCAUCAUCGAGAUGGUAUGGAUGGCUAAUGCUUCUCAUCUUAACCUGAAGGUCCCUGAAGGCACCGUUGGGCAGAUUGGUCCGAUUGAUACUCAACCCUCUCCAAGUCAUGUUGAAGGUUCUGAUGAACAAGCCACAGAAAAUGAGCCUUAUGUCGCCUCUGCUCCCAUUCAGGAGACCUGUGGAAGUGCUUCCUCUGCUCCUGCCUUGGAUGUUCCUCCCAUUAAUGCCACUACUCAUGGACCAGCUAACCCUCCUAUCACUUACGUGAUCAAGGAUUAUGAUGAUCUCAAUCCUGAUUCACAAGCUCAAAACAAUCUGACCAGGCUGUCGAAAUUAAAGCAAUCUAUUGAGUCCUCAUCUUCGAAUACUCAAUCUAGUGUAAUCCAGGCGAAAACAUUCAUGAUGGAAUGGAUGACCAGAUCUUUUGAUGAUGUCCAAAGUUAUGGAGUUAUGUCAGAAGUCCAUCAGGCCCUCAAUGUGCUAGCUCAGUCUGAUCACAAGCUCUAUGAGAUCUUGUGUUUUGCCAUGGACCAGCUAGAGCAACUGAGAGAUGCCUUGAGCCAGUAUCAUGACAGUCUAGACUUGGCUUCCAAUGCAGAGUACACGGUCUCAAGGUUCCAACAAAGCUACACUGAUAGAGAUGAAGCAAUUGCUGAUGGAGAAAGCAAGGCCACUGAGAUUCAAAAGGUCGAUGCGGAGAUCAAGGGGUUGGAAACUGCUCUCCAACAUGCUAAGAAAAGGAGGACCCAGUUGGCCCAAGAAAUAAAUGAACAGCUGGGUCGAGCUGAAACUCAAGACAAAGUUGUCAAGAGUUUGGAAAGCAAGAUACUAACUUUCAAACUAGCCAUUCGGAGACCAGCCAUGUUGCUCAAAGAAGCUGAAUUCAAAUUCCAGAACUGCUUGGAGAUUUUGAGGGACAUUUUUCAUUGA